AUGUAUUUCACUUUUGCCAUUAUUUUACUGACUGCCUUCAGUUCUGCCUAUAGUUCUGGCAAAGGUUCAUAUGGAUAUGGGAGCGGAUAUGGCUCUGGAUAUGGAAUCGGACCCGGCGUAGGUUCUUUAGGUGUACUAGGAGGUGGGUCCGGCGUUGGUUCUUCAGUCCUUCUAAGAGGUGGCGGCAGUGGAUAUGGACUAGUUUCUGUAGGUAAGGGGGGAUACGGUCAAGGACAAGUUCUUGUUAGUGGUGGAUAUGGCUUAGGAUAUGGAUCAGGAGUUGAUUCUGCAGUCCUUCUAGGAGGUGGCGGAAGUGUAUAUGGUGGAUAUGGAAUCGGAUCCGGUGUAGGUUCUUUAGCUGUUGUAGGAAGCGGAUCCGGUGCUGGAUAUGGACCAGUAAAUGUUGGUAAAGGAGGAUACGGAUCAGGACCAGUUGUUGUAAGUGGUGGAUAUGGCUUAGGAUAUGGAUCCGGGCUUGGUUCUGCAGUCCUUCUAGGAGGUGUCGGAGGUGGAUAUGGACCAGUUUCCGGAGGACUUAGUGUAGGUGGUUAUGGCUCUGGAAUCGGUUUGGGUUCAAUUAUUGUAGGAAGCGGAUCUGGUGCUGGAUAUGGACCAGUCAAAGGUGGACUAGGGUAUGGUUUAGGACCAGUUGUUGUUAGCGGUGGUUACGGCUCAGGAAACGGACCAGUUUCAGUAGGAGCAGGCCCAGUUUCAGUCGGAGCUGCCGGUAUUAGAGGUGGUUAUGGUUACGGUGAAAUGAUUAUUAACAAGAUCCCUGAAGAUGAUGAAUCCAUAGCAUUUUCAAUUUCAGACUUCAGUCCUUGA